CAACACCAUGUUUUCCGAUAACACUGUUGCAAAGCCAUGGUUGACUCCAUGGGUGCCAUGGUAUAUCUAUUAUUCCGCAAUAGUCCGUGUUAAAAGUUCAUCGUCAGCGUGACUCGCCGAAGGGGAAAGUAUACGUCAGGGAGACGACCAAAUAUCGUCAUUUCCUAGAUCAACGGAACCACCAUAAAUAGUCCGCUCCUUUCCUUUGACCUGGCUAAGGAAUCGGCCUUCAUCAAAGAUUCCUUCAUUCUAUCAGCCCACUUCAACUUGAACUACGUAUCCUUGUUCGUUGCAAUCGAGAAUCUCAACAUGACGCAAAACGUGCUGUUCAAACGUGAAGGGACGUUCGAUGAGAAUGCUCGGAAAGUAAAAAAGCAAUGGGAGUCUUAUGAGGCAUCGCCGGAAGUCGAAGCUAAUGACCGAAAGAACUGGGCGGUGCCCUAUCUGUUGCUCCGCGAGCGUGGCUUCGCUUACCUACAGCGACGACGUCGCUUGAUUGAAGAGCGAGACGCUUUAUACAGUACUGCAAAGCUUUCUACUAGACAGCGUCCUUUCUCAGUCAUUGGAAUCGUUAGAUCGGCUUUGCAGAGACAUCCUACGAAAAGAGUAGGGGCCGAUGACAUGAAACUACCGAGCUAUGAGACCGCCUGCAAGGAUACAGCAGCUCGGAUGGAUCAAAAAAUCCAGCAGCUACUGGAAAGUUACUGGGAAACGCGCCAAAUCUUGUGGGACAUGGACUCGGAGAUAGUACGGUCACAAAUCAUGGCGAAAGUCAAGACAGUGUGGAACUGGUAUGAUCCGGGUGGUCGUCUCUAUGCCUGGGUCUUGGACUGUUUGGAAUGUGCGAGCACGGGGGGUUGCUGCGGACGGGAUUGUGGCUGCUGUGAGAAACCACUUAUUACCUACAGGGAGCCCAUGAAGCAGCUUGAUGCGGAAAGCAGAAAGAUCGUUGGAGUUUAUGGUCAUUGCACGGCCGAGUGCCCUUGCUGUAUUCGCGUCCGAGGGCGAUACCACCCCCAUCCGCGCCUUCCACCUCUGGAUGUCUGAUUUGCUUCAGGGGAGGUACAGAUCCCCUGCCUGUGCGAAUGUUUUUGUUUCUUCUUCUUCUUCUUCUUCUUUUUCUAGCAAGCUUCCAGAUACACACUCUUUUACUUUAUAUAUUAAAGUAAUCCAUUC